AUUUCAAGGCAACGCUAUGAUUAUAAAGCAACGAUUGCCUCCCGUUUAUUUUGCCGUUGGCCCCGAACCGCAUGAAGUCUCUUGCCCCUACUGUAAACAAUAUGGCAAAACUGUAAUGAAAAAUUUCUUCUUUCGCUUUUGUAUACGACGUCACUAUUGUAUGCAUUGUGGCGAAUAUUUAGGCACUUAUAGACGCCCACAACUUUAGCGCCCGACAUGCAAUAUACAGUGAACAUAGUCGCACGUCCUCUUCGCUCUGUCGCCCGACAUAAGAGCCAAUAGGCC